CCGCCUCUUCUUACCUGCCACCAUCAUCCUCUCCCGCAAUCAUGGCGUACAACAGAGAAUGGGACAGAGGCAAGGACGCCUGGGGCUCUGCACCACGCCCCGGUGUCCGUCCGCGCGAGGAGGACUACUACGGCGACCCGAAGCGCAGGAAAUUCAAUGGCGGAGCAUGUUCUUUCCUUCAGGACAGUCAGUCACAGAGUACUUACCGUCCUUGUCCGUCCCAGGGUUAUGAUAAUACUCCUGCCUAUGACGAGUCUUCGUACUCGAUGUCAAUGUCCCCCGCACCGCAAGAUUAUGGCCACCCAGGGGGACCAGCCGCCAAGAAGCGACUCGUCCCGUCAGAGCCCAGCCCGCAUGUCAUAUUCCUCGGCCUCGACCCAGACUUCAACGAGGCAGAUCUUCAAUCCUACCUCCACUCCAACCGCUGCACCGUAGAGUCGGUCACGAUCAUUAGGGAACGCGCAUCAGGUACUUCGAAGGGCUUUGGCUUCGCCCAGUUCCCUUCGACAGAGCAUGCCCGCGCGUUCGUCGAUCCCCACUUUCCCUUCAUCUCGGUGCCGCCGCCGGCGUCUCAUGGUGCGACGGCCGCGGCGGCCUACUACAAGGCCCUUGAGACGGGAGCCCCGCAUGGAGGGCGGCGCAUCAAGAUAGACUACUCGCAGAGCGUCAGCCCCCAAGAUAAGGGUAGAGCUCAGCGAGGCAACGUGAACGACGGUACUCGGGAUAUUGGCAACACUCAAGCACCGGUCCUGCUGUUCAGAGGCCUCGAUCCGCUCUCCGGGCCGCAAGCUAUUCAUCAAGCGAUGCGCAAUUCUGCAGGAUUCGGCAAGGACGGUGCAAAGGGCAUGAAGCGCAUCAUCCUCAUCAAGGACAGAAUUACGAUGGCAAGCUUUGGUUUUGGCUUCGUCGAGUUCGUCGACACCCCGAGCGCCGCUGCCGUUCUGGCGAACACCAUGUCAUCCCAGCUGCAUCCAAACGGUUUCCGAAUUUCCGACAAGCCGGUCGCCGCUUCAUUCGCGCAUCCUCACUCAUUCCAACCUGUCGCCGACAUCAUGCUUCGUGACGAAGCCUCGAUCACGUCGUCGAUGAGCUUGGGCGGCCUGGAGGGAACUUUCGUGCGGUAUUGGGACGAGAACGCCACCGUCGCAGUCCUGGAGUUCAAGGUUGAGCAGCCUGUAACUGCGCCGGCUGCAACGAAGGAGAAGGAGAAGAAGAAGAAAGCCAAAGAGGUCGACGCCAUACGGCCUAUCCAGGCUGCGCCUUCCGCGCUCCCUGUGUCGGAUAAACCAGUGACUCUGAGCUUCAAGUCUAUGAAGGCGGCUCCGACCGGAAUCAAGCCCAAAGGACUCGCCUUUUCUAUGGACGAUGAACCCGCGGAAGAGAUAUCGCAGGAUCCUCUGAAUCAACAUACGGACAAGACCGCUGCUGCUCGCAAAGUGGCUCCACUCGCUGCCAGUCGAAAGAUCGCAAACAACAUCACGAAGUGGAACCAAGUCCAGGAGGAACUGACGGGCACGACCGGUGCCACGCCUUCGUUUGCGCCUGUUGACAAACGACAGGAAGUAUCCUCGCCCUCGGCUGCGCAGUCUGCUGAGAUCCGAACGGGGCCAUUGCCUGCGUCACGGUCAGUGUCGUCGGAAGCCGCCCCCGUCCCUGCUAUCGCUGUCGCUCCUUCCACCGACGAAUUCGAGUUCGCCGAUACCGAUGCCCUGAUGUGCCUUCUAUGUGGACGUCAGUUCAAGACCAUCGACGUUUUGGGGCGCCAUAUACGCGAGUCGGAGCUGCACAAGAAAAACGCCCAGGAUAGCAGGUUACGCGAGGUUGCCCGGAAGAAGGUUGCCGCCAGAAAGGCAAAGGAUGCGGGAACAACUGAGGGUGGUGCACCUGCGCAGCCAAAGUACCGCGACCGUGCAUUGGAGCGUCGGGCGCUGUUUAACCAACCGGACUUCCCCGUGCCGGAAAGUUCGACAAGCGUCGCACCUGCCGCGUCUUCGACAAGGCGUGUGACACCGCCCCCUCCGCCGCCGCCACCAGCGUUGCACCCGGGGCAAGAUCAAUCAAACGUUGGAAACAAGUUGCUCAAAAGGAUGGGAUGGCAGGAGGGGACCGGUUUGGGUGUGGAGGGGGAAGGCCGUGUCGAUCCAAUCAUCACGAACAUAUAUACAGCGGGCGCGGGCCUUGGUGCCAGCAAGGGCCGCGAAGUUGGAAAGUAUGCAGAGGGCUACAGCGGCUAUUUGCAUAUGGUUCAGGAUUCGAUCACUAUGUCUAACACCCUCACCUCCACCAUGCCUAUCUUCUACGGCAAGGACUUCAAGUCCUUUGGCAAGAAGAUGAAGGCCUAUCUCCAGUUCCAGGGCAUUGACCAUGUCCUGACUGAGGAGAAGCCAAGUCUUUCACGAGCUAAAUAA